GUUUCCUUCUUUUGUCUUUAAUUGUUGCAGCUUAUUUAUUUAUUUUUAAAAACAAUGACAGCCUUCCAUCUUCUUCUCCUUCUUUUUCUCAUAGCUGCUGCCACAUUCGACACCUCCCCCUUCUCCUCCUCUAGAUUUACCCACUAACAACGCCACUUUCCCUCCAACUCCCCCCCCACCUCAUCUUGUGCUGUGAAGAAGGUGAGAGAUGGCUUAUGCUGCACUUGUUUCACUCUUGCAAACAUUGGAGGAGUCCCCUCAACCUAUGCAACAGAUCCCGUCUCAUCUUCUUGAGAAAGUUGGUCGUUUGUUAAGGAUUCUUGAUGAUCCUUCCCGGAAAAAUAUCUUAUCCAUUAGGGAUUUGGAAGGCAAAAUCAGAGAUGCAUCAUUUGAAGCACAAGAUAUCAUAGAAUCCCAUAUUACAGCUGAUCAACUAGAGCUCUCCGAAUCUGUAAGUAGUGGAGUUGGCAGUUGUUUCUGUGACAUCAUUUCGGCUCUGCAGAACAUGUUUCCUGUCAUCCAUCUACGUGAAACAUCCACGGAUUUUAUGGAUCAAGGUAUGAAUCUGGAAGUCAGAGGCUUAGAGAGGGUGAUAGAUGAACUUGAUCUAAUACUGGAAGCACUGUCUAAGAUCAAGGAUGGGAAAGAAGAAGCUCCGGAAGCAGGGAAUUCGCGAGCUGCUGGUUCGUCAAGAUUUGUUGCUAGUAACGAGAGCGGGCUGGUGGGACUUGACGAAGAUUUGAUGCACCUUAGAGAUCGGCUAACUGGAUUUUCAUCUAACCUCGACAUCAUCUCGAUAGUCGGGAUGGGUGGUAUUGGCAAGACGACUCUUGCAAGAAAUCUUUACAAUGAUCGGCUUAUUGAGGAGCGGUUCGACACCCGUGCUUGGGUAGUUGUAUCGCAGGACUACAGUGUGCAGGAGCUGUUGAUGGUUCUCGUGAAUUCCACGAGACGAGACGGCGGUGAAGUGGAUAAGAAGAUUGUUGAGGAAUUAAAGGUUAGUUUGCACAAAAAUUUGAAGGGUAGGAGGUACCUCAUCGUGAUGGAUGAUGUUUGGGAUACCAAAGCUUGGGAUGAGGUCAAAAGAUUCUUUCCAGAUGAUAAUAAUAGCAGUAGGAUAAUUUUGACUACUCGCCAAUCAGAAGUGGCUAUGUAUGCCAACCCCAGAAGCGAUAUUCAUCGCAUGAAUCUUCUUAGUGUAGAACCAAGUUGGGAUCUACUGCGCAAGACGGUAUUUGGACAAGAAGAUUGCCCUUAUGCAAUGAAGAAAAUUGGACGGAAGAUUGCAAAAAAUUGCAGAGGGCUUCCACUUGCAAUUAUCGUGAUUGGUGGCCUACUUUCAAGAGACAUCACGGAAGAAAAUUGGAAGCGCAUUGCGCAAGACGUAAAGUCAUCAAUAGCUAAAAAUGAUGGUGAUCAGUUUAUGGAAAUUCUAUCUUUAAGUUACGAUUUCUUGCCCCGUCAUCUGAAAGCAUGCUUUCUUUAUAUGGGAGUAUUCCCUGAAGAUUAUGAGAUCUUUGUCUCCCAACUCAUCAAGCAAUGGGUUGCAGAGGGAUUCAUAAGACCACUACACGAUGAAAGCCUGGAAGGGCUGGCAAAGGAUUAUCUGAGUGAUCUUAUCAACAGAAGUCUCAUUGAGGUACGUAGGAGAAAGCACAAUGGUGAAGUUAAAACCUUUAUCAUCCAUGAUAUGUUGAGGGAGUUGUGUCUGAAAAAAGCUCAAGAUGAGAAAUUUCUUCAGAUAGUGAACUCCUAUAGUCAUGUUUUUACCCAAGGCGGAAACAAUCAUCGCAGAGCCAUACUCAAAGAUUCAGUUGUUCUGGAGAACCUGCAAACACUCUCAGAAGUAAAAAACUUUAGAUGUUCCAAGGAGGUCUUGGAAAUCAUGCCAAAUCUGAAAAAGUUAGGAAUUCUAUACGUCCACGACAGUAGCACCGAAUGGUCAACCUAUGAGUUCAACAAUUUCGUCCACCUACACAAACUCGAGACGUUAAAGUGCCUCUUCAGUGCCAAGGAUGAUCUAGUUAGAAAACCUCUGCCUUUAAAUCUAGCUUUCCCUCUAGAUCUCAAAAAGCUGACUCUCAGUGGUUGCAGACUUUCUUGGGAGAAAAUGACUGUAAUUGGUUCGUUACCUAAUCUUCAAGUGCUAAAACUGAGAGAUUAUGCCUUUGAGGGAUCUGUGUGGGAACCAAAUGAAGGGGAAUUCACCAAGUUAAAGUAUCUGCUCAUUGAUAGAAACAAGUUAGAGCGUUGGUGUGCCGAUUAUACACAUUUUCCGCAACUUCAACACUUAUGUCUGUGUCAUUGCUUCGAGUUGGAGGCGAUCCCUACUGAAGUUGGAGAUAUUGGAACUCUUGAAAUGCUUGAGUUGUUCAGAUGUCGCUCAUCUGUCGUGGCCUCAGCAAUGCUAAUACAAGAGGAACAACGAAACUUGGGGAACGAAGGCCUUAUAGUUCGUGUGAAUUCCUACCGUGAUUAUGUCGACUCCCUCGAGGGUACCUCUCUGCGAAAGCGAGUGAAAGCUAGAGGCUGAUGAGUUGGGACAAAGAAUGUGAAGAACAACCCGGGUUCAAUCCUGCAAUGUGAGGCAAGUUUCUUGUAUGUGGUGUUUUGGAUGGUGGAUGUUCUUAGAUUUCCAUCAUGUGGUUAUGUGAUUUGAUGAGAG